AUGGCUUCCUCGCAGCCUGAUUCGCCGUCCGAUUCUGAGCCUGAAGCUAUUCCCGAGUCCCCACCGACGCUGCCAAGCCUUCAUGACGCGCCGCCAAGCCUCCAAAACACCGCGCCAAGCCUCCAUGACGCGCCGCCAAGCCUUCCUGACGCUAUUCCCGAGUCCUCACCGCCGAUACCAAGCCUCUAUACCUUCCCGCUACCCCCUCUAGAUCAGCAGUACGAUACACCGGAGCGAGGAAUAGCCGCGGUCAAUGCCUUCGCCCGCGAGCAUGGCUAUGCAGUCUCAAUAUUCCGUUCAAUAGCUAAAAAGGGCGUCAAGAAGAUCGUCCAGCUAUGCUGUGACAGGGGCCGUACUCUACGAGCGCGGCCUGACAAUGGCCCUGAGCGAAAGCGGCAGACUACCUCGAUAGCUAUUAACUGCCCGUUCCUACUUAGGCUUCGGCUUCAAGAGGACGGUCGUUGGAAGCUUACGGUCGACAAGCAGGAGCAUAACCAUGAGCCUUCGCCUCCAUCUACUCAUGUCGCUCAACGGAAGCAGGAGCUAUCUACAAAGGUGCCGGUGAUUAAACAGCAGCUCCAACAGGGCCUUUCUACGCGUCAUAUCCUCACAAGCAUUCGAAAGGAGGAUGAGGAGUCAUGUCUUACAGCCCGAGACGUCUACAACCUUCGGAGGAAGCUACACAUUGAAUUCCUUGCUGGCCGUACGCCGCUUCAAGCUCUCUUGAUAGAGCUUCCGCGCGAUGGCGAAUGGAUCUUCAAGCAUGAGGUAGAUAAUGAGAAUCACGUCACUGCCUUAUUUUGUAUGCAUAAAUCGAGUAUUGCGAUGCUUAGGACUAAUUCAUGGGUCAUUUCAAUGGAUUGUACAUACAAAACUAAUAGAUACGGCCUUCCCUUACUCGAUAUCAUUGGCUUUGUCGCUACUGGAUCAAGCUUUUACGUCGGCUUCGCCUUUAUGAAGGAUGAGAAGCAGGAUAGCUAUGAAGUGAUACUCAGCUGUCUUGCUGAAGCAUUCGAGUCCCUUACCCUCGAGCCACCUCAGACGAUCCUAACCGAUAAAGAAGAAGCGCUAAUGAAUGCUGUGAAGGUCGUCUUCCCUUCUACAAAGCAUAUGAUCUGUCUAUGGCAUAUCAACAUGAAUAUUAUGAAGAAAGCCCGCCCGAUUCUCGCAGAGCAGCUAGCAAAAGCUCGGCAAGAGACUGAAGCUGCUUCCUCGCAGCGUCGGACGAAGGUAGAGAGAGACCGAGAGCUUCGAGAAAUGGUCAAUGAAGCAUGGAAGACGAUGCUAAAGCUGUGGAUUCGAAUCGUCUAUGCUAUUACGGCUGAAGAGAGGGAGGAGAAAUGGAAGCAAUUCAAUGAGCGCUACAAGGAGCCGAUUUUUGAGCCUUUGCUCGAUUACCUACGGAGUGAAUGGCUAGACGACUGCCCCGAGUAUUUCCUUUAUGAGUACACCUCCGAAUACCUUCAUCUCAAUGAGAUUUCGACUUCUCGGACCGAAGGAGCUCACUGGCUGCUUAAGCAGGACCUUCAAGUCUCAACCAAUGAUCUACUGGUUGUUCUUCGUACGUUUGAGAAUGCUGUGAAGCUUCAGUUUAGGAAGGCUACCGACGCGAUCGAAAACGAGAAGAUUCGGAGCUCUACUGAUAGUCGCUGGAAGCAUCUAUUCAGGCUAGUUGUUGGACGAGUUUCGGCCAAGGCGAUGGGGUAUACAAAAGACGUCUACAACCGCUUCCUACCGGAAGCAGAUAACAAGCCGCUAAUUCCUCUAUUAUGUCGCUGUAAUUCGAAGAAUACAGCCGGCUUUCCAUGCAUUCAUCUCAUCAGGCAGUACGAAGAAGAGAAGAAGAGCUUUGAACCUGAGUUAUUCCAUCAACACUGGCAUUUGUACAGUGUAUCUGCACCUCCAAUUAAUCCGCUACUUCUACUCCAGGAUCCCCUCCAAGUACGCCGGCGAGGACGCCCCCAAGGCGCCAGGAACUUCAUCGGCGGCGGCGAGAGCACCCAAGCAAGCACCCAAGACGCCUCCACGCAGCGGGACCCCUCCGGCUUCGAGCUCAUACUAUCUCAGGAAGGUGGACGCGGCCGAGGACGCGGUAGAGGACGUGGAGGGACACAACAGGCAUCGCAAGGGGUGGGAAUAGCUUCAUCUACGGCCCAGGAAGCUCAACAAGCUUCCCAGGAAGGUGGGCGGGGCCGUGGACGCGCCCGUGGACGCGGUACAGGACGUGGAGGGACACAACAGGCAUCGCAGGGUGAUACCAUGGUGGGAAUAGCUUCAUCUACGGCCCAGGAAGCUCAACAAGCUUCCCAGGAAGGUGGACAGGGCCGUGGAGAGACACAGCAGGCAUCGCCGGCGAGCAUGGCUACAGCUCAGGGGUCGGGAAUAGCUUCAUGGGCAUCUCGGGACGAGGAUUCCUGGUCUGAUCGCCUCAGGAAGAGAUAG